AUGGCAAACGCUUCUAUGCAAUAUCCGCUGCAAGAAUACCAAUUUACUGAACCCGUAGGUUUGGGCCAAGAACGAAUGACUGCGGAAGUCACUUAUUCACCGGCGCUGAAUAGCGCUCACACGCAUAUGCGUCGCGUCUCGCAUUCUGCACGCGUGCUCGAUGCACAACAAGGGAUGACAGUGGGUGCUGAUAUGGAAACCGCAUAUGUGCAGCAAGGGCACGGUUAUAUGUCACAGAAUACAAUGCUGCAGGGAAGCUCAGUAGAUAGACGCAUGGUUGCGACACCUUUGCCAUCGUGGUCAGUUCAGCAAACUUCGGUCAAUGCCGCUGACUUGCGCUCUCAGAUGGCUACUCCGUUGCCGCCGCUGGAAAUUCGUCAGUGUCCAGUUUUACAGCCGGGCAUGGCUCACUCCCUUUCUCGCGUGGAAAGCAGGUCCAUGCAUACUCCUGUCCAACAUUUGCAAAGCAGAAUGUCGACGCCUGUUGCUCGCGUGGACAGUAGGCACAGCUAUAUGGUAGCCGAGCCUCAAAGUCAACAGUAUCAGCAAAUGCGGUCUGCUUCAGUCGUACAUGUUUCGGGUGGAGAUAGUCGUACGUCUUUAACACCGUUGACUGGUUCUAGCGAAUCACUGCAUGAUCAAAAUUCUUCAUUUGCGACUCCAACAAAGAAAACCAGAGCUCGUCGAAAAGUUGUGAUGGCUUCCGGACCAAGUUCUUCGCAGUCGCUGCCGGCCGUAAACUUGCAAGGUCAGAUGUCCGCUACUCCCAUUCCCGGAUGGCAGCAUCAGCCAACGAAACACAAUGUGACACUUGUAGGACAACCCAGCCAUGUACAGAACAGGGCUGUAAUGUCAGCUUCAGUAACUCCAUUGCAAAGACAGUUAACCACGCCUGCACCCGAUCAUCGUGAAAUGAUGAGUUCAACUCCUUUACCUGGUUGGGGAUCUGGUCAGAGUUCCCAGGUUGAGCAUAGCCCUUUAGUAUCGUCUUUGCCUCCGCUUUCCCAGUACACGUCAGUACAACAAUCGCGUCAGGUGAAAACUUCUUAUCCAGUGACGCAAGAUAGACGGCUUGUAACGCCAGCGCCUCAGUCUUGUGAAGUGUUACAAAGUUCAUACGAGCAGCCACAGUUGUAUACGCAAUCCCGAGACAUCAUGACUCCAGCUUCGUUUGUUCGACCGGAAAGUGUGGCAGUUCAAUACCCACAAGGACAAGUUAUGGCUGGUUCAGCGGAAUUAUACUCGCAGUCAGCUAUUCCUUCCUACCAGUGGUCGGAGGCUACUUCCCUGAAUGUUUAUCAGCAGGGCCAGUAUGUGCAGCAACAGUCCUAUAAUCAGCAGUCACAGUUUACUCAACAAAUAAACACCGGUAAUCAGCAAGCGGCAUUUGACUCGCAAUCUUCACAGUAUGUCACUCAUUCCGUUAUUCCCCAGCAGACUCAGUAUCCCCAAGGUAGCGGUGGAGGACAAAAAGUAUCUGCCUUUUCACAGCCAUAUAACUACGUGCAACAAUCCUACUCGAUACCGACCUAUCAGCAACAGUCCCCAUUCUCUCAGGAUUCUUAUGCUGCAAGUGGCUACCCACAACGCUCGCCAUAUGCACAACAGCAACAACCGGCGGAGCAACAGUCACAGCGGAAACAGCAAGCGCAGUCUCAGUCACAGCAGCAGAAUCAAGCAAUUCAGCAACAACUCAGUCAACCUGCACAGCAGCCGCAGCACCAUCAGCAGCAGACAGUUCAGCGUCAGAUUUAUGAGAAUUCCGCGCAAUAUACAGGAUUCAUCCCAACGUACACCACCCAGAAUGCUUGUAUGCAAAGUGUGCAUCAGAUAACAAGUUGCGAGGUCGCUCAGCAUACACCUGAGAUCCGCCCACAAGCGCAAGCUAGUUAUUCUCAACCUAUGUUGGAUGUUAGUAACUCUUCCACCGGCACUAUCGGCGAGCCUUUGCAAAAUGAAGAAGAUAUCGUUUCUAGAGAAGCAAACGUGAGUCUCAGCGACACCAACUUCAACAACUUAUCAGAAAAUCCUAUGGUAAAUACCUUAGUGGAAGAUGAAGUCACUUUCGGAGUUACUGAAGUGCCUCCUCCGCCUCGAAACGAUUCUGAAGCAACAGUUCCUGCGCGCGCAUCACCUGCUUCUGGCUCGCCAGACCUCAUUGGAGGCGAAGAUGAGACAAAUUCACUCAUUCCCACCAUUUUCUACUCGACCAAUCAGAACGAACUGUCAGAUCUACGCAUACAAGACUCCCCAAUGGAAAAGGGUUUGAACUGUCAACACUUCCGCUUCGAUAUAAUUUUGGCAAUGAAACAUCACCGAAUUGGUAAAGAAGAUUACGAACGUACGCUGCAGGAAUUAGAUCAGAUGGAAAAAGAGAAGUGUGUUGGACCACUGGGAGAUAUGCUCAUGAAAAGGUUGGGGCUGAAACGACAGUCUCAGCAAAGCCAUGGAGGAAAGUUCAGCGUGGACGAGCUUGUGGCUGCAUUUGCUGCCAACGCCAAUGUACGGGACCGUAGUAAAAAAAUACCGGAACGUCGAGGAAGCUCAGAAUUAUUCAGCGAAAUCUUGAACGAAAUUACGCACCCAUCGUAUGCUGCUCCCUCGUUGACGACUGAGGCAUCCGCUGCUCAUCAUUCGAACAAGCCAAACAUUUUACAGUCAGGAGAUGCGAACGAUCUUGGCUUCCUUCUCUCCGAUGACGUAAUUGCUGAGUUUGACUCCAUGUCGAAGGCAGCGAAGUCUGCGCAGAUUGCUGAAUCUGUACCAUACAGCUCUGCCACCGCU